AAUGAGAUGUGGAUCUUCAAUGCAGACCAGAUAGAGAAAGGCUACCCCAAGAGAAUCUCCUCUAUAGGCCUGCCCACAGACCUGAAAGGCAUUGACGCAGCCUUCUCCUUUGGAAAGAGCCAGAAGACCUACCUGUUCGCUGGAGACAAGUUCUGGAGGUACAAUGAAGCCAAGAAGAAGAUGGACCCUGGCUUCCCCAAGCUCAUCGCUGACUCCUGGAAUGGAAUCCCAGACGGCAUUGACUCUGCCUUUAGUCUGAAUGGCAUCGAUGACACCUACUUCUUCAAAGGUGCCCACUACUUCAAAAUGGAUGACAGUAGCCUGAAGAUCGUCAAACUGGGCGAGAUUACAAAGGACUGGCUGGGUUGUCACUAAGCAACAGUGAGACGCAUAGACGUUGGCUAAGCUCUCAGCGGACUGAUUUCCCCCAUCCCUAUCCAACCAGCCUAUCCUGCACCCUAGCCUAGAAACUAAAGACACCCUCUAACACACCGUGGGACCAUCUACACAGGCUGAACAUAGGCAACAGGAUUUUGUAUUAUAUUACUGUGUGAUAUUAUCAGUUUAUGUGUUAUGAUGAUGCAGAUUUACUUUGAUCUCUUUAGCCUGUUGUUUGUUAUUAGAAACUCAAGACAUCAGGUAUGUCCACACUACAUAGAGACAGGCAGUGUUGUACUGGAAGAUAUUCUCCUAUAUAAAUGUAGCUUCAUCUGAGCAGUAUUGCAUCAUCUGAAGAAUGAAUGCUGUCUAUAUUUACUGCUAUGUCUGCAAUCUAGAGAGUACAUGAUACUGCAAUAGAAUGAGAAAUAGUCWAUAGUAAUUUCAGUGUUGUGGAAUACAUUUGAAAAUAUGAAUUUGCACAAWAUGUCUGGACAGAUAAUGGUGCUUAUAGAAAAUGCUUAUUUGCAUGAUCCUAUAUUUGAUAUGCRGUUUUUCUACAUUCUGUUCAGACUAUUUUCAGAAGUAAGUACUUAUAGACACACCUUAUUCUUCAAAUAGGGCUAGCACUUUGUAUUAGACUAUACAGGGGUACUGCACAAAUAUGGAGACCAAAUUCUCCAUUUUGUAGGAUCUGUGUAUUGUUUCACUGAUGGUACAGGGAGAUGAAAGGCACGGGCUGCCUAGAGACUGUAUCUGGUUUGUUGUUGCAUGAUGGAGUCAUGACAAGAGAAGUACCACAGAAGUAUUGUGUAAUAAUCUUUUUGUAUUGUUGUUUUGAUACUAGUCAUUUUGUUUUGAUUCAUAUGCUUUUUUAUAAUGCUUUGUGCAAUGUGUCAUUCUCUGUCUGUAAAAUAAUAAAGAUGGAUGGUCAAUACAUGUUA